AUGGACCAAGCAGACAUCCCCUGCGCUCCUCUCCCGCCUUACUCAUGCCUCGGACGAGGACGCCGCCCGCAAAUGGCCGUCUUCAAGCUCCAAUCCAGCAUCAACGACCCGGCCUUUGCCGACGUGUUUAUAUCCUCUGGUGGUCGGGUCAUCCUCCGCCGACCGAUCAUGACAACGGGGGGGCAACACCCUCGCUUACUCCCUCCAGGCUCUCUCCCGCCUGUUGGAGGCAGACAUGGGCUGGGAUAUAUUCGAGGGUGCCGGGGCGGGGGAGCUGGUGGAGAGGGCUGUGGAGUUGGUGGUGACGAACCCGUUGGUGAAUAUCCUGCGAGGGGCGAUGAGUAUACUGGUGGGGAGUGGUGGGGCAUCAACCUGGACAGGGGGCAAAAGGGGUUGUGCCGGGGACGUUUGUUUGGGUUCCGGGCGUUGAAGCCGGCCGUGGCGGUUUAUCCACAGUUCUUCGAGCUGGUGAUUCAGCAGUUGCAGAGUGCGGAUCACGCGCUUUGUGCGAAUGCUUUGGGGUUGAUUAAUGCGCUUGUUAGGGAUGCGGUGGUUAAUGAUGUUGCUAGUGGGACGGUGGCUGCCGGGGGGCAAAAGGGGAACGGCGGCGGGAGGAGGGGGAGGGGGGAGGAUUGGAGUUUUGCUGAGGAAGUGGAGGAGGUGAGGGUUGAUCUUGAGAGGCCGGAGCACAGGCGGGCGUUGAAGGGGUUGCAUUUGGCGAGUGCGCCGGAUCGGAGGCAUGUUAAUGGGGUUGGGGGGGUGUGGUGGUGCCGAUUCCGCCGCAGCAGGGGAGGGACAGCUGGGCAGUCGGGGACGGUGACUACCACUACCACUACGAGAAAGACGAGCAGGAAGCACAACCCGGAGAAGUGGGAGAGGUUGGGGUUUGAGACGGAGAGCCCGGCGGCCGAGUUCGAGACGGCGGGGGUUUUGGGCAAUGGAUUUGACGGAUUGCGUGAGGAAGAACGAGGAUGGGUUUCAAAGUUGUUGCUGGAGCAGUCGACGCACCCGCUGAAUGAACGGUGUCCGGUUGCGAGGGCGAGUUUGGCCGUGACGAUGAUCUUGUAUGAUCACUUUGAGGUGGACAAAGUCUGA